AUGCUGGUGCACGGCCGCGGCAGGGAGCUAAUUACCAAGAUUGAAGAGCUUUCUUUGAACAACCCGACUCGAAAACAACGUCAACUAAAAUCAUACGGAAUAAGGCCUGCUAUCCAGGUUUUCUCCCCUGGUGUAAACAUAGUCGGCAAACCUUAUAUGGCAGUUAUACCAUUUUACAUCAAGGGAAAAGUGACACUUGGCGAAGAAGAAAUUCAGUUGGAUCGUUACUAUCAUGUGUAUGGUGAAAGUCGAUUGGUCAUCGAGGAUAACGCCAAAUUGGGGAUAUGGGGGUAUAAACUGGGAAUUUAG